CAAGAAUUGUGGUGAAGUUCAUGGAAAUGCAUGACAUAUUUACAAGAUAACUUGCGUGUUCUCUUGGCAAUCAAAUAGGAGAGGAGUGGUUGAAUCCCACCCGAAGGAGUUGGAGGAGGAAAAAAAUUGGAAGAACCUUCGUCAUCCCAUUUGGCUCUCCAGCCUUUCGGAAUGGUUCAGAUCAAAGAGUUCCGGAUUGUGAUGCCCAUGUCACUGGAGGAGUAUGAGGUAGCUAUGAUGUAUACCAUAAUGAAAAUGGAGCAACUGAACACUACUAGCAAAGAAGGGGUGGAGAUAGUGCAGAACAUACCUUUCGAAGAUGAACUGCUUGGAAAGGGCCAAUAUACAUCAAAAAUUUAUCAUCUACAGAGCAAAAUCCCUGGUUGGCUGAAAACUGUUGCACCAACUAGUGCUCUUACUGUGCAAGAGGAAUCCUGGAGUUCAUAUCCAAAAAGCAAAACAGCGAUCAAGUGCCCAUUUUUUGCUCGGUGCUCUCUAACUAUUGAAACUGUCAGUAAAGCUGACAAUGGUUGUUCCGAAAAUGUGCAUGGCUUGAGCAAUGAGCUACUAGCUGCAAGAAAAGUGGAAGUUAUUGAUAUAGCUUCAGUUUCAAGGGAUUACUGGAGUAAGGCAAUUGGUACUACAAAGUUGGAUUUGUCCACCUUCAAAUCACAAAGAACAGGUCGAGGUCCACUUUUGAAAGGAUGGGAGGAUACAUGUCAUCCAGUCAUGACAGCUUACAAAUUAGUGACCGUGGAAGCUCCCAUCUGGGGUUUUGGCGGUCGUUUGGAAGAAGCUGUCCUUGCGGCUGAAAGGGCUCUGUUUUGGGGAUGCCAUAAGCUCUGUUUUGCUUGGAUUGAUGAGUGGUUUGGGAUGACUAUGGACCAAGUGUGUGAGCUGGAAAGGGAAAAUGAUUUAUUACUCAAUAAGAGGCUCCAGAAAUCAUAUUCGGUGUCCGGGAAGCGAGAUGACAAAAGGAAGAGUCUGCAUGGCAGCAAGAAGAUCAUCGAACAUCCAAUCAAGUUGUAGAUAAUGAUCAUUGGAUGCAACUUUUGUUAGAUAAGCAUUCCACCUAUGCAUCACAAAGAUGAGAGAGUGCGCUGCAUGUUUAUUGGGAUGCACUGCACGCUUGCUGGGCUGGGGUCAAAGAAACUUAAUCAAUACAUCUGAUUCAAGCAGUAAUUAUAUGCAAAAUAUUUCCAAUUUGCAAUUGUUUCCUCGCUCUCACCGGUCCCUCACGACAAAUGUAAGAAAUUUGUUGUAAAAAGAAAUCUAUUUCCAUAGAUAGAUGAUAGAAUUUGAUUUCUCCGAGCAUAUUUUUGAAA